AUGCGGUCCCUGGCGUCCCUGGGCAUCCUCGGCAACUCGGAGUCCAUCCUUGUGGCCUACGCCCGCCGGCAGGAUAUCACCGCGGCCUGGUCGGCCGCCGUGAGGGGCCACCAUGCCCGGCUGGCCUUCCUGUGGGUGUGCAGCGUGGCGCUGCGCUGCGCCUGGCUGCUGCAGGGGCCCCCGCCCACGCUCCUGGACGCCGCCACGACGGGCAGCUACGCCGUGGUGAGCCUGCUGUUCCUGGGCAUCGUGGACGGCAUCCUGCACGUGAGCUGCGCCCUGACCAUUGGUGUCGACUCGUACGUCACGCACUUCGACGGUGCGCACUUCAGGCUGGACACGAGCGUGCACGAGUGGAACCUGCUGCAGGCCGUGCUCCGCAAGGUGUCGGGGGCGGCCGAGAAGACGUUCCUGGCGGUGCAGAGCACCGCGGCUGCGCUGCUCACGGGCGUGAUCUUGGCCGGGCAGGGCUCGCUGAUGGCGGGCAACUUGGGAGACCUGGCAUGGCAGUUCUCGGCGGCGCUGCUCGUCGUGGGCGUGAUGUUCAUCUUCUUCAAGGCCGCGGAGGUGUCGGAGAGGUGCAUGCGGAUGCCUUCUGUGAUCAACUCGCUGAAUUUCGGAGAGAGCGUCGACACUCGGAGGCACUACCUGGUGCAGUUCAUGAGCUACAGUGCUGCAGGGUUCUACGUAGGGGAGGUCCGCCUCACCGCGGCGAUGGUUCUGAAGCUGACUUACCUCUGCUGCAUUCUCGCCUUCGCUGGUCUGAGCCAGCUGUACGCCAAGGAUGUCUCUUAA